UGCUAAUGUAGGUCUUCUUGCUACCGAUAUUGAUAAGGGCUUGCCACUUCAAACCAUUCUUGAAAACUCCGAUGUAGCGAGACCUUCUUGUGCUGGUAUUUGUAGUUCUACAGUUCGCUUUGGGUUUUCUGAACACAAGAGUUUUGAAGGGAUCAUCAAUGUUCUCUAAGUAUUGAUACAGUCUAGCUAAUUUUGACUGGAGAUAAAUUGUCCUAUCUCCUCUUGAUGACAUUCUUGUAGAGUUGUUAUCCCUACUUUGAUUUUGGAAUUCUGGAUACUCUUGAAGACUGGUAUUGAAUAAAGAUUUAAACUCAAAGCUUGAAGGGGUAAAUGAGGUUGGUGUCUCUCAGUGUCAAUAACAUAGCAUGUCAUAGUCACACAAGCAAUAGGAUAUGGCAAGCUCAGCUAUCGAAGAUUCUCCAAAUGUUGGAAAUUCGGUUGGCUUCACAAAAGCCAGUUUAUCACUAGUGGUACUCAAGUCGUUCCCUUUACAGGAAAGUAAAGAAAUAAUAUCCAUUUUUUAUUUUAAUUGUAUAAAUUGUCUUAAUAAACUACUCUUUAAAUAG